UUGGGAAAAUUUCACUUUUGAUACCCCAGGUAUACCUACUUUUCGCUUUUUAUACCCAUAAUUUACACUUAAUCAAUUGUAGUCACUAAAGUCUAUAAAAUCAAUCAUUUUUGCACGAAGCGUCAGUUGACCGUGAGUCAACUGACGGACACCGUCUGUAGUAGGUCUCCUACUUCUGCAAGUGAUAGAAAAUGGCGGGCAUCUCCAUUACAGCACCACAAAGCUGCAGACAGUGAGGGAAAAAAAAAGGAAUUUGAUUUGCAAUGAGCAGUUCAAGAGGAAGCUCGAGCUGGAACUUAGAGAUUAAUGGUGCUCCAAUGGAGAUGACUUGCAGGUGUGGAGAUAAAGUAUACUUGAAGACCUCCUGGACCCAAAAUAAUCCGGGAAGAAGAUAUUGGGCAUGCCCUAAAUAUGGGCAAAAGUUUGGUUUUUGCGGGUUUUUUAUAUGGUAUGAUUCGGAAAUUUGCGCAAGAGCAAAGAAUAUUAUACCCGGUUUGCUGGAAAAAUCAAAUAAACAUCAAUAUCAAAUUGAGCAAUACAAGUUGAGGAAUGCUGAAAUGGAAGCUCAACUCUUGGUGGCAAUGAAAAAAGUGGAUGACAUGAACAAUGCAUUGGUUGAAAUUGAGCAAUACAAGUUGAAGAAUGCUGAAUUGGAAGCUCAGCUGUUGGUGGCAAUGAACAAUGUGGAUGACAUGAAGAAGGCAUUGGUUGUGUGCAAGAAUAAGAUCAAAAAAUUAUGGGCUGCUACCAUUCUUCUCUCAUUGUUAUACCUUGUCAAAUUAUGUUCUAACUAGAUUUAGAUAGUUAUGGUUUAGGGUUUAUUGUAAGAUUGUUAUUAUGUAAUGUUUUAUUAAUGCAAUUCCUGUACCAUUUUUAGUAUGAAUAUCGUUAUGCAAU